AUGAACUCACAGCUCGAAACCCUUUGGGAAGAAGUCAGGGAGCUAAGCUUAGGAACCACCCCCCAAAUUGACCGCCUCCAUACCCCACCAACGCCACUCCAAUUCCUCCGCCAUUACCUGUCCCAAAACAAACCCUUCAUACUCUCCGCCUCCGCCGCCACCACCCUCCAAUGGCCGGCCACCACCCUCUGGACCUCAACGUCCUACCUCCGCCAAACCCUUUCUUCUUCCAUCGUCUCCCUCCACUUAACCCCCACCGGCCAAGCCGACUCCAUCGCCACUCUCCCCUCUAACCCAGACUCCCUAUGCUUUGCCUCCGCCCACGUUCAACGCACACCGUUCUCCGACGCCAUUGAUGCCAUCGAAGGUUCACAUAAGAGGGAUUCAAUUACAGGAUUCGUUGCGUAUGCACAACAACAGAACGAUUGUUUCACGGAGGAGUAUGGGGCGUUGGCUGGAGACUGUGAUUCACAUGUUGCUUGGGCAACUGAAGCAAUAGGAUCACUGCCAGAGGCUGUUAAUUUGUGGAUUGGGAAUCAUCUGUCUGAAACUUCAUUUCAUAAGGAUCAUUACGAGAAUUUGUAUGCUGUUGUUACUGGAGAGAAGCAUUUUGUGCUUCUUCCACCUACUGAUGUCCAUAGAAUGUAUAUUCGUGACUAUCCAGCUGCUCAUUACUCUUACUCUCAGGAAACUGGGGAAUUCGAAUUGGAACUUGAGAAUCCAGUGAGGCACGUUCCUUGGUGCAGCGUAAAUCCUUACCCAUUUCCCGAGAACAAGGAGAAAGAAAUGUCCGAAUUCCCAUUAUACUAUAAUGGACCGAAGCCAUUUGAGGUCACUGUUAAGGCUGGUGAAAUUCUUUACUUGCCGAGUAUGUGGUUUCAUCAUGUUCGACAGACUCCAGACAGAAGGGGACUCACCAUUGCCGUGAAUUAUUGGUACGAUAUGCAGUUUGACAUCAAAUAUGCGUACUUCAACUUCUUGCAAUCACUUUCGCCACCCCAAAAACCAACAUGUCGUAAAUCAACUUCACAUGACAAUUUUUUGACAAAUGAAAAUGAAUCCGAUGGCGAUCAAAACCGCAGCCAGGAAUGAACUUGAACUUGUUUGGAGAUCAAGUUAUAUGCAUUUCUUUGAGUCCUAACCUUGAGGGUCAACUCAACUGCCAAAUAGAGGCUAGGCUUUAAGGUUCUUCUUCAUUGGUCAAGUCACUUGUUCGAAGUCUUGGAGCCACUGGGAAUUUUCUGGCUGUUAUCUUCAAGGUCUGAUGGAUAAGUGGAGGUGCUCGUAAACUGGUCUGAACAAACUUCAUGGUUACCAAAAACACAUCGGUGGUACAAUUAACGAAGGUCAGGAUCCCUAAUGUUGGUCAUGUGCUAAAUUAUUUGAAAGACAAAAGGUAGCUAAGAGAUGGAGCUUUGUGCUUCUAUGGUGUGUUUGGUAUAUGAGACGGGUCGAACAUAUAACGAACCCAUUGAGCUCAUACAUAUUACUUCAAUUUGAAGCAUAUUAUUAAAUUCAAGAAGUAUACCUCAAAUUUCAAGUAAUAUGUAUGAUCUGAAUAGCCGAUCUAUGGGUUUUUAUGCAAUUUGUACACAUAUCGUCGCUCAAUGUAAACAUUAUUGU